AUGGAUUCCUCGGCGGUGGCGGCGGCGGCGCUGCUGGAGGCGGGGGACGGCCGCGCCAAGGAGCCGCGGAGCCUCGGCCGCCGCACCGCGCACAACCUCUCCUCCUCCUCCCUCCGCAAGAAGUCCGACACCUCCCUCGUCCGCAAGGUGCCAUGCGCCGCGCUCCGCGCCUUCCUCUCCACACUCCAGGAGGUGCUCCUCGGCACCAGGCUCUUCGUCCUCUUCCCCGCCGUCGCACUCGCCGUCCUCGCCAGAUACAUGCACUUCGGACAGGUGUGGCUCUUUGUGCUUAGCUUAAUUGGUCUCAUUCCUCUUGCCGAGCGACUCAGUUUCCUGACCGAGCAGAUUGCUUUCUACACCGGUCCUACUGUGGGUGGAUUGUUGAAUGCAACAUUCGGCAACGUCACUGAGGUUAUCAUCGCAAUCUUUGCUCUGAGGAAAGGCAAGAUAACAGUGGUGAAAUGCUCCCUGCUCGGCUCCAUUUUGUCCAACUUGUUGCUUGUCCUCGGUACCUCCCUUUUCUUCGGUGGCAUAGCCAACCUCGGCACCGAGCAGCCAUACGACAAGAAGCAAUCAGAUGUCAGCACAGGGCUUCUGAUUCUUGGUUUGCUAUGUCAAUCCAUGCCACUGAUGCUGAGGUAUGCAGUAAGUGCCGGGGAACAUUCAGUAAGCUCUGAGGAUGCAGGAUUGGUGCUAUCCCGGGUAUGCAGCGUUGUCAUGAUCCUGGCCUAUGCAGCCUACCUUUACUUCCAGCUGAAGACCCAUCGCCAGCUGUUUGAGCCCCAGGAGGUUGAAGAUGAUGGUGAAGAUUUGGUCUCUGAAGAUGAGGCGGUGCUAGGAUUUUCAUGUGCAAUGAUUUGGUUAGCAGUCAUGACCGUGAUGACCGCUUUACUAUCAGAGUAUGUCGUAAGUACAAUUGAGGCAGCUUCAGCAUCUUGGGAACUGUCAGUGAGCUUCAUUAGCAUUAUAUUGAUUCCGAUUGUCGGGAAUGCAGCAGAGCAUGCUGGUGCAGUCAUCUUUGCUUUCAAGAACAAGUUGGACAUUACCCUUGGAGUAUCUUUGGGGUCAGCUACGCAGAUUUCCAUGUUUGUGGUGCCGCUGAGUGUCAUUGUAGCUUGGAUCAUGGGAGUUCCAAUGGAUCUUGAUUUCAACCUACUAGAGACCGGUUCUUUGUUUCUAGCAAUAUUAAUGACAAGCUUCACCCUCCAGGACGGAUCAUCACACUAUCUAAAGGGAUUGCUUCUUUUCCUUUGCUACGCUGUGAUUGGCGCAUGCUUUUUUGUCCUGAAACGGCAUUCAACUGACGGCAACAACCUGAAUCUGUCCAGCAGAUCGGCUUAGUCCAGAGUUAUCCAACACUCGACGGCAAUUUUGGUGCAGAUUGUGAAGUGAAGAGUCUAGAAGGAGCGGUAUCUCGCUGGCCAAAUUAACGUGCAUGUGCCGCAGCCAAGCCAAGCAGUGCCUGAGUGUAAAAUUAUAAACUAAGUAUAGUGCUGACCGGUCAGGUGUUUAUGGCAAUUCCAUAUGUGCGUGUAAAUUAAUUGAGUUUAGUGUAUGCAUUAGCAAUUUAGCACACCUAAAAGGCUAAACUAGUGAAGGAAAGUAGACAAUAUACAGUA